UAAAGGUUACUACUGCUUGCAAUUGUUGGUCUCGGAUCGCUAUACGUUAUGCAUCUACUGGCGCAAGAUUUUAUGAAACUUUCGAAACCUUUACUUAUGGCCUCCGGAAAGCGUGAAGCUGUUAUAUUUAACCGAACGAGUGCUUUGAUGAAUUUCGAAAACAAAAUAGAUUGGUCCAGACUCUUGAAACGAGACCCCUUGAAAUGUUUGCUAUCUCUCAUAUGUCAGCUCGCGGCUGGUGCGGAGUCUGAGAAUAGUGCGGCAAAUGCAAUGUAUGAGUUCAUCCAAUACAGCAUAGAAUAUAACAAAAACAUUUCCACCAAGAUUAAACAAUCAUUCGAGCGCGGCCUUAGUUUUAAUAAGUUUCAUGAUGCAGAUUCCAGACAAUGUUAUGAUUAUUAUCCUUUGUGUCUAUAUUCAGCUAAAACGAUGAUGAAAUUAAUAGACUUUUAUGCCAAAAUUUUUCGUACGUAA